GCCUGGCUUUCAUGACGUCACGCAUACAAAUGAAAAUCCCUGCCUGACGCCAUUGAGAAAACUAGGUGGCCAUUUUAGCUGAAGGUAAAAAUGAGACAAACAUCAAGAUGUAGUAGGGACUUUUAAGCUGUCACCUGUCCAACGAGCCGCCGCAUUCAAAUUUUAUUCUCCAAUAACUAGGAUCACACUCAAAGAUGGUGUCGUCUGGCCACAUUUCGCAUUCUGUUCAUCUUUCGGCUGUAGCCAUUUCCGGCAUAGCUUUUGGCUGCUUUGUUUUCCUGGCCGCCAUGACGGCAGUGGCCUACAAAUGUUAUCGUCGACGCGUCAUGCAAAAUGCCCAGAAUCGCCUGUCGUCGGCUAUCAAGAAGGGGCUCCAAGAAAGCAACUCCGGCAGUUUCAAGAAAAACAUGAACGUCCGCACGAGCACCAAAGUGAUGAAGUCCAAGGGCACCAGUCCCAUCACUCCGCCGGGGGGCGAGGCGGGUCUGGAUCGGAUCCCAAUGAUGGGUUUCUCCACCGGUCACCCCGCCGAUCAGCCCCAUUGCGUCAAAGCUGAGAUGUGCUUAGAGAACGAAAAAGACGGAGCCACCCCUGAGAAAGAAGAAGUGCAGAGAGAGCGUAACGUCCUCUCCCCUGACCGCCCGACCAAGCUGGGCAACUUGACCUUCUCUGUGGACCACGACCAACAGAAGUGCGCCCUCAUCGUCAGCAUUGUGAAAGCCGACGACCUGCCGCCCAGGGACCCCAGCCUCGGGGGAUGCGACCCCUACGUCAAGCUGCAGCUGCUGCCGGAGAAGAAGCACAAGUGUAAGACCCGGGUCCUGCGCAAGACCCUCUCCCCGUGCUACGACGAGACGUUCACCUUCUACGGCGUGACCAGCAACCAGAUCGCCAACACCACGCUCCACUUCGUCGUCCUCAGCUUCGACCGGUUCUCGCGAGACGAGAUCAUCGGAGAGGUCAUUUACCCCCUGUCUGAGACGGAUGUCGAGACAAAGGAGCAGUCCAUCACAAGGGACAUCACCCCGCGACAUCUCAAGUUCCGUAACCAGGGACGCGGCGAGCUCCUGGUCUCCCUGUGCUACCAGCCGGCUGCCAACAGACUGGGGGUUGUUGUCCUCAAGGCCAGGAACUUACCCAAGAUGGACAUCACUGGACUGUCAGAUCCCUAUGUCAAGAUCUACCUGCUGUAUAAUGGCCAACGGAUCGCCAAGAAGAAGACGCACGUGAAGAAGCGAACCCUGAACCCUGUGUUCAACGAAUCUUUUCUCUUCGACGUUCCGUAUAACGAAGGGCUGCAGAAUAUUUCUCUGGAACUGCUGGUCCUGGACUGGGAUCGCAUGACCAAAAAUGAGGUCGUUGGUCGUCUGGAGAUCGGCUCCAAAUGUGAAGGACAGGAAGCCACGCACUGGACUGAGGUCAUCAACUGCCCCCGGAAGCAGAUAGCCGAGUGGCACAAACUCCAAGACUAAUCCCACGUGACUGGCCGGCGACUGCAGCUCCACCAUAUCAAUCGUUGUUUUCAUUUUUUGGCGAUCAGUUCAGGCCAGCAUGGUUAAUCUUGGAAGAACAAUCUCAGUAGUCUACAAGGUGUAGAUCUAUCCCAUUGAGUAGAGAUUGGUAGAUCUAUCCCACUAACUAGAGAUGGGUAGAUCUAUCCCAUUGAGUAGAGAUUGGUAGAUCUAUCCCAUCGAGUCUAGAUGGGUAGAUCUAUCCAUCGAGUCUAGAUGGGUAGAUCUAUCUCAUCGAGUCUAGAUUGGUAGAUCUAUCCCAUUAGUCAAGAUGGGUAUAUCUAUCCAUCGAGUCUAGAUGGGUAGAUCUAUCCAUCGAGUCUAGAUGGGUAGAUCUAUCCAUCGAGUCUAGAUUGGUAGAUCUAUCCCAUUAGUCAAGAUGGGUAGAUCUAUCCAUCGAGUCUAGAUGGGUAGAUCUAUCCAUCGAGUCUAGAUGGGUAGAUCUAUCCCAUCGAGUAGAUGAUUGAUCAAACUGGCCUGACAAUGGACAUGUUCUUGACUCGUGCCAUCUCUGAUCCCCGCAGAGGCUGCAGGAAGCGGCCAUCAGCCAAGGACAUGUCUAUGUCGACAGAACAAUAUUGAUUUUUUUUUAUUUCUCUUUUAUUUUUAGUUGAAAAAAGGAAUCCAUUUGUAACCAUUUCAAUUCCAAAUCGUCAAGCACGGAACAUAAUUAUAAAAUCCUAGAUCUCACCUUAAACUUUUGAGAGGAAUCAAUUUCGCCAUACAACACAAUCUCCACCUCACACCUAACGUUAUUGUCCCAUAAAUUAGAAGGCGUUAACUAAUUUGGUCUAGACAAUCAGAAGCUGUUGUUGUUUCAGGCUGUUGAUGGCGGUAUAAGAGAUGUUGAGUCUGCAUAUAUUUUUGGUAGCUAAAUUUAGUUGAUGCUGAAAAAAAUUCUAGUUGUGUCUUUGGAAUAGGCCUCACUUGAUAGAUUUUGCGAUAAAACUCAAUAAACAAAUAAAUCAGUAGGCUACCCUAAAAAGCUGGUAUUUUAGUUUGGACUAUUGCUGUUUAUUAAGGUUUUUAAUUUUUUUUUAUUUAAGACGUAAUACAUUUUGUCGUCGAUACAUGGUCUACGUUUUGUGAUGUGUCGAUAUGAUUAUUAUAAUUCAUUGUGCCAUAUCAUUUUAAAUCUCGAAAAAUCUUAAUUAUGGCUGUACACUACCAAACAUGUAUCCUAAAUCUGGUCAGUUUCUUACAUCUGAUGUCAAACAAAAUGGGGAUCAAACUGAUAAGCCAUCUGGAACCAAAUAAAAGGCAUGUUGGUAUCAAGUAAAGGGGGGAAAAGUUUAUAUAUAUAUAUAUAUAUAUAUAUAUAUAUAUAUAUAUAUAUAUAUAUAUAUAAGGCAUAUAUAUAGCCUAUAUAUUAGAUCUGUAUGAUGUCGAUCUACAAUCAUAUUUAUUUGAGUAGGCCUGCAGUUGCAACCACUGGAGCUCUUAUCUAAAAAUGUUACUGAGCCAACAUUUCGGCCUGUUUGACCUGUUACUAAACGCUGUUGUAUUGUGAUGUCUUGUAGUUACUGUGGAGUUGUUAGACCUCAGUUUUUACAUAUCUUUGACACGAUCCUUUGAAAUAAAACACUUUAAAAAGGCGAUAUUGUUAGUUGAAGAGAAAAUUGGUUUCGUAUCUUAGGCAUUUUUUGUUUUACAUUUUGCACCAAAAAAGCUGGCUCUAAACUAUUUAAACAGAGCUCAAAAUUGGAAACAAACAUAUGUCGGCUUACACUACUUACAGGUCUAGUGAAAACAGCCGCUUACUGGGGCUUUUAAAAGGAGACAUUUUCUGAACACAUUAGUUGGGGAAAAUAUUGAAGAUUAAAGCUAGUGAAAUUGA